AUGGCUGCAACAUCUGUAUUUGUCUCUGGUGCAACUGGCUAUAUCGCACAGCAUGUUAUUUUGCAACUUAUCGCCAAAGGGUAUAAGGUUGUAGGAACCGUGAGAUCUACUGAAAAGGGUGAAGACUUGAAGAAGAAGUUGAAGUCAGACAACUUCACCUACGAAAUUGUAAAGGAGCUUGGCACAGUAGGUGCAUUUGAUGAAGCACUCAAGGCACACCCUGAAGUCACAGUUUUCUUGCACACUGCCUCUCCAUUCCACUUCAACAUUACUGACCCUGAGAAGGACUUGUUGAUUCCAGCUGUGGAAGGAACUAAGAAUGCUUUGUCUGCUAUUGCUACCUAUGGCCCACAAAUCAAGAAAAUGGUUGUCACAUCAUCCUACGCUGCAAUUGCCCACUAUGAUGUCGACACUGUUUCUAGUAACACCUUCACUGAAGAUAGCUGGAAUUCAGUUACCUGGGAAAAAUCAAAAGGAAAUAUGUUUGAUGGUUAUUACGGAUCCAAGACUUUUGCCGAGAAGGCAGCUUGGGACUUUGUGAAGGAGAAUAAGCCAAACUUCACUCUUUCUGUUGUCAAUCCAGUCUACGUUUUUGGGCCACAGGCGUUUGCUUCUGAUGCUACUGGCACUUUAAAUACCUCAGCCGAAGUUAUCAGCUCGAUUCUCAAGUUGAAGUCUGAUGAUGAAGUUCCUUCUGAUUCUGGCGCUUUCAUUGACGUGAGAGACGCUGCAGAAGCACACUUAGUUGCAUUUGAAAAUAAGGAUGCUGAAGGCAAGAGAUUGUUAGUUUCGGAGGCAAGAUUUACUAGCCAAGAAAUCUUGGACAUUGUUAAUGAGAAUUUUGCAGAAUAUGUCAAGGGUAGAAUCCCAGUUGGUGUACCAGGAAGUGGAGCUGAAAAGAUAAAGACGUUAGCUAAAAUUGAUAAUUCGAAGACGAGAAAGAUCAUAGGCCAUGAUUUUAUUGGUUUGAAGAAGACUGUAGUUGAUGCUAUCCAGCAAAUUUUGGAUACCAAUGGGUCAAUCUAA